ACGCAAGAGCUAGACACUAUGUGUAGAUACCCAGGAAUGCAAUGGAACGUGGGCAUGUGGCAUAGCUGCUACCUCGCAUGCGAUUUGAGUACCUUUGCCGCACACGUGUACCUCUCAUACCGGAAGCUCCACCACUCAGACGUAUCCCGUCUUACUAGAGCUCUCUCCAGCAUUCCAAUCUCUACAAUCUCCCAUUCGCCCUGGCAACAAUGCCUUCAACGCCAUCGUCCGAUACCAUUAAUACCUCCAAAGCGCACCAAGUUACCCACGAACUGCCUGAUGUCUGUCCCCGUCCUCUGCCCGGCGAAUCCGUUCAGACAUGGUCCUUCCUCGUAGACUCCGUCGCAACCAACGCCAUCGGUGAUCUGCGCCGCACACCUUCGCAGCUCUCACAAUACAACGAUUGGGCAGCGCGCAUACGGAAAACAUACGGAUCUGUCGGUGCCUUUGUGAUACAACGACGCUUACAAUGGGUUCCGCGCAAACACGAUGCAGACGGUACACCGCUUUUCGAGACCGUGUGCGGCGAAGACGGGAAUCCGCUGGCGGAUAGCAGAGACUACAAAGUUCUCCGUAACGACUGGCCGUAUGGGAUCGAGGACGGCAUCACGCAUCUUUGCGUGUGGAUGAAGGGCAGGUUAGGCUCUGGGGACGAGGUCCUUGCAAACGGAGAGACGGGCAGGAGAGGCCAAUUGACGAAGCAAGGUAGGGCGUGUGUCGACCAAUACGUGUACGAGACUUUCACGAAGCCGUUAAGGGAAAAAGCCAAUAUACAGGGCGAGGAAGUGGUGUUCAAUUGGGCAGGGAGUAGUAAUGGUGGCGGUGACGGUGUGCAUGUGUUGUGGUUCAAGAACUGGAUUGAGCUGCAGAGUGUCAGGGGCAUUGAUCAUAUCCAUGUGCUGCUAAGGGGUGCGACCGAGGGCAUGGUCGAGGCUUGGCUGGAUGGUUAAAUGGGCCGCGACUGAGCGGUAUAUAGAACGUGAUGAACGACGCAUAGAGAAUACUGAGGUACCCCUUGUAGAGUCAGUGGAACUACUAGACGUUCUCUCGGUCAAUUAGACUUGGGACUAGAUAUAGAAAUUCAAGAUAUAUACGCCUUACAACAGAAACAGUAAUUGAUCAUAGGAGCACACAUUACCU